UAUAAUUUGCAAUCUAUUUUGCAGAUGAUAAGCUGAUUUCUGAAAAUAUUUUGCUAUUCCAAAUCAGUUGAGUGAAGGGUUGAAUUACAUACAGCUAUAAAACGUUCGUUGAAGCAAUUUGAAAUGUUCGUUUAUUUAUAUUGAUUGUUGUCAUUCGACUAUAAUAUUCGUUAGAAAUGGAAUCGUAAGCCUCACAUUUUAUUUACAUUUUUAACGCAGGAUUGCAACGAAGGUCAAUACGCUGAGGUGAUUGACAAGUCAAAGGCUUCUCCCCUAUUCACGCAGAAGUUUCUGAUGCGAGAGCUGGAAAUAUGGCCUAGACUGCGUCACCGCCACAUCAUCCAAGUGGAGAGGAUGUUCCAGAUCCAGGAUCGCAUCUACGUCUUCAUGGAGCUAGCGCCUGGAGGAUCCGUCAUAGAAUACGUCCAGAGAUAUGGUGCUGUAGAUGAAAAUGUGGGGCGUAACUGGUGUAAGAGGAUGUGUCAGGCCCUCCGUUACUGCCAUAAGAAAGGCGUGGCUCACAGGGAUCUGAAAUGCGAUAAUUUGUUGCUGGAUAAGGAUCUCCAGGUGAAAAUCGGAGAUUUUGGGUUCUGCUGCAGAAGUAAAGAUCCCCGCACAGGUCAAACUAUCUUUAGUGAUACUUACUGUGGAAGUUCAUCAUAUGUUGCUCCCGAAGUAAUCGAGAGUCAACCCUACGAUCCAAUUAAGGCAGAUAUCUGGUCAGCUGGAGUUUGCAUCUAUGUGAUUCUUAACAACGCGAUGCCAUUUGAUGACAGCAACCUGACCAGGAUGCAUGAGGACCAGGUGACUAGAAACUGGGGCUUCGCACCCAAAAUAAAGAAGAAUAUCUCUUCCUCUGCUAAGAAUCUCGUUGCUAGGCUCUUGGAGCCCGAUCCGUCAAAAAGACCAUCUAUGGAGCAAGUGCUGAACUGCAGCUGGAUGAGGACGAGGUGAUUUGCGCAUCAACUGAAUUUCAUACAGAAUGCA